UCUGAAAUAAUAACGCAGUGCCUAAUCUGUGCUGAAACCGUCCGUUACCAGUUGAAUACCAAACCAGUGCAAUGACGCACAUCCUGCGUAUAAGGGUUGGAUGGAAAGAUUAAUAAGAACUCGAUUGUUAGAGAACAAUUUCUAUACUUUCAGCUCAGACCCUCGAGCCGCUUUGUUGUGAGUUGAUGCGACUGUAAUUUAAGUACUGUUAAGUUUAGGUUUCCCACCGAGGUCCGCUUUGUGAUUGGACAAUACGAGCAGUGGGCUGGAUUUUACAGCUGCUUGAUUUUGCGUUCUGCCUGAUGCGGAGACAAUAGUGCAGUGCAAGGGUGGGUUUCAGCAGCCGGCUGUCUGAAUAAGGUGAAAUCGCACUACAGUACGCGAAUCAACAGCCGAAUCUGAAAAUUGAGUGCACAGCCCCUCAGAACAUUGAAUUAUUGCACAACGUUCAUCUUGUUUACCUGGAUGGAAUGCAGACAACAGAAACCCAGCUUGCAUAACAUAAGGUGGAAGAAAACUGAAUAGAGAACCCUGCAUUCCAAACAUCCUUUCCUCUGAGAAGCACAAUGAGUUUGUCUCGCGCUCCGAUAGACAUUCUCGAGGAGCUGCAGCUCAUUGCAGCCCAGAACCUGGAGAAACUAGAAGUUUCCAAGUACUAUGAAGUCAUGAGGGAGCUGGGAAAGGGAACAUAUGGCAAAGUGGACCUGGUCAUCCAUAAAAUUAGAGGCACAAAAAUGGCACUGAAAUUCCUGAGGAAGAAAACGACAAAGCUCAAGAGUUUUCUUCGAGAGUACAGCAUCUCCCUCUACCUGUCUCCCUGUCCCUUCAUUAUCAACAUGUUUGGGAUCGCCUUUGAGACAGACGAGUACUACGUCUUUGCCCAGGAGUAUGCACUAGCAGGGGACCUAUUUGACAUUAUCCCACCUCAGGUGGGUCUUCCAGAAACAGUUGCAAAGCGCUGCAUCCACCAAAUUGCCAUUGCCCUAGACUAUCUCCAUUGUAAGAAACUGGUCCACCGGGACAUUAAACCGGAAAACAUUCUUAUUUUUGACAAAGAAUGCAGGAAAGUCAAACUGUCCGAUUUCGGAAUGACCCGUAGGGCAGGCUCGCCCGCGAAGAGAGUCAGUGGAACUAUCCCAUACACUGCCCCGGAGCUCUGCGACGCCUCCAAGCACGACGGCUUUUGCGUGGAUUACAGCACUGACGUCUGGGCUUUCGGGGUGCUCCUGUUCUGUAUGCUAACUGGAAACUUUCCCUGGGAGAAGGCCCUUCCCUCAGACACUUUUUACGAGGAGUUUGUCAGGUGGCAGAGGCGGCGAGCGGGCACGGUGCCGUCGCAGUGGCGCAGGUUCACGGACGAGGCACUCCGCAUGUUCCGCAAGCUGCUGUCCAUUGAAGCAGAGAGACGCUGCGCGGUCAAGGAGAUCUUCAGCUACUUUAGCCACUGCUGGAUGUUGGACAAUGAAAACAACAACCAUCAUACCGACAUCAGCUCCUCGUCUUCGGAAGAAGAUUUAGUAGACCGCAUGAAGCAGCAGACCUUGUCCCCCAUGUCUGGGAUUGGAAAAGGCAACGUCAUAAGGGAGAGCUCCCCAAACUUUUCCUCCAUGUCAACAGCGAGCUCCCUUUCCUCCACAAGCAGCUACGAGAGGGUGUCUAGAGAGAGCACCAGCAGCCGGAUCUUGGUGGCAACCCCAAUUGAAAUCUGCGUUUAGGAUUCAAAACCGGGCAGCCUUAAUGUUCAAGAGGCUUCCUCCCGAGAAUCUCCUUUUGAAGGUUGUUUGGUAGUUAGCAUCCACAUCGCCACGGUAGUACUAGCUAACCACAGAACUAGAAACAAUAGAAAUGGGCUGCAUCUGAUAGUUACACGAUUAAGAGCUCCGAUGACGAUACAGACCCAUGCAUCACAACUUCCUCAGUUCAAAUGUUUAACUCAUUCUGGGGAAACAUUUCAUAAAAUCUGUGUUGGAUUCCAUACAUUUCACUGUAUCUGGUUUGACAUUUCUUUAAAAACUAAAAGAAGCAAGUUUAGUCGUAUUAGUAACUUGUGGUGUUACAGUUGAUAAAUUCAUUUCUUAAAGCAAUACAUUCAAUGUUUUCCUGCAAAAAAAGAAGAUAAAAGCACUGUGUUGCAAGGAUGUCAACCCUUCCAUCUUGCGGUUCUCUGUUAUGGAGUAAGCAUGAGAAAUUUGCACAGUAGAAAGAAAGAAAUAGCAAAAAUGUCAUUUUGACUGGUGUAUGAUUUAUUUUUUAGUUAAGCUGUUUUCAAAUGCAGCACUAAUCUGAUUAUAUUGCAGAAUGAGAAAGUGUACUUUUUUUUUUUUUUUUUUUGAGUACUGUAAAUGCAAUGUGAAAUAUGGUACUACUGUGUGUUUGUAAGUAUGUAUGGACUGAAUAUGUUUUGAAUUUAAGUGUAGAGCAACACUUUUGUGUAGAGCAACACUUUUGCCCAUUUAAUUUGUUUAUUUAUUUAUUUAUUUAUUUAAAUCCAGAAUAUAUAUAUAUAUUUUUUUUUUGUUUGCUGUUUAUUUUUUAAAGUAUUGUUAGUGCUAGUUGUUUCUUCUUUUAAAUUCUUGGGUUUGCUUAUGUGCUACUGCCAAACAGUAUGACUACGUACAACUAACUAAGAUGUAAAAUGAGCUUUGUUCCCAUCCCAUUGUAAGUACUCCAGAGUUACUUUUGCCUUUCAACUACAAGAUAGAGAAAAGUACCUCACAUUCAAACAGAAUUGCUUUAACUCUUGUUUAUGUUACCAACAAUAUCUUUGGUAAUUUUCUGCUAAAAUCCUUUUAUUAUUUAUCAUUUAUUUAUUUAUUUGAUGGACUCCUUUAUCCAAGGCGACUUACAUGUUUUACGGGCUUCUGUUCAUUGUGUGUUGAUUUAUUUAAAUUGGGGCUUUGUAGAUUCAAAUUCAAAUAUUUCAACUAUAUACAGCUGCUUCAUCUUGCUGUGCGGUUGUAAAAUAAUGCAUAAAUUAAACCAACCCCCCCCCCCCCAACAAAAUAACAAAGAACAACAUUGCAGGGACCAAUAAUAAAGAUGCUAAUGCUAAAUAAGAUAAUUUAUUUAAAAACCUUAGUUAUCAAUCAUUUUAGCAGUAAACCCCUUUGAUUUCAAUGGCGCAGUCUGGAAACAUUCAACUUAGGCAGUUGAGCAUCUUCAAGCAAUGAGAUGGAAAAGUAUUGUUCUGUACUGCUGUUCUGUUCACACGAACAUUUUGCAGGCAUCUGCGGGACUAGAAAAGUGUGAUAAAUCCAUCUCUUGGUUAAACCCAGAAUGUAUAUUUUGAGCCAUUCUCUGUUACAGCUUGUAUGAAAUUCUUUAUUUGCAGGCUGAAUUGCUGCGCAGAAAGAUCAUUUUAGUAGCUUUCUACAUACAUUUUAAGUAUGAAAAUGGUGGUGUUUAACCUAACCCAAUCACUGUUGGAAGGGUUAUAUUGAUUUUAAUGUAUUAGAAAAGGACAGAUCUACUCCUUAAGCUUUAUUUACUGCAGCACACUGUAGUAAAAGUGUAGUAAAGCUAAAGAAAAGAGCAGACCAGCAUUGCAAAGACACAGAUAUGGUAGACCAUUGUAUGAACCCUGUUGAGCCAUGUUAGUAUAAGCAUACUGUGUAUGGCAUACCUUCUUCCCAUGGUACACCUUUAUAAGAACAAUAAGGCACUAGCCAGUUGGGAUAUUGUAGAAACACUGAAAUAACUUUGGAAAUGCCACCUUUUUUAACGAGACCAUGGUGGUUCAAAUGUGUGUCAGUUGUUGCCUUUUGGGAUUGAGAAAUAAAGAUAGCGAUGGAAUUGACCUACUUUCCCCUUCCCCAUAUAAGUACUAGUAAAAUAUGUAUGCUGAAAAAAGCACCCUGCCACUAGAAUGUCUUGAAAUGCUACUGACAUAGUAAAGAAAGCCACUACAGGAUGUUGUCCCAACAAGGGUAAACAUUUGAAUAUGACUCUCUGUUUUAGUGUUUUACCUUUAUCUUUCAUGGUGUUUCUACUGUUCUGUUGCACCAGUAUUAACAUUUCAUUGCAUUUCUCCUUGUCUUUGAAUUUACACAGAUAACCCUUGUUGUUAAGCCAACUUCCUGUGUUUCCUGAAUCCAGAAAUUUUUUUUGAGACUCCACAACAGGGUUCUGUCAAAAUCCGUUUCCAAUUCCAAUUCCUUUUAGGGAAUUUGAAUUGAUAUUCUAGAUACAUAAUAAUUGUUGUGAUUGUUCAGCUGCUUAGGUAAUGUGUUGCCACUGUGAGAAACUGAUUUUAACAGAACACUACUUUUGCCAUUUUUUGAUCAAUGAUGUGUUGGAAUUGAUUAAAAGCGAAUUGGAAUUGGGAAUUGAUUUUAUAAAAGGAUGUGGAAUUGAAAAACAGGAAGUCACCCCAACCCUGCUUCACAGCUCUGUCAGUUCCCUUCGUUGUAGAGCAGGCGUACAGUUUGGAUUGUUCUGGAAUCAGAAAGCACAGACAAUUCAGCAACUUCAUGUGUGGAGAAAAAAAGAUUACAUCAGUAUUGGAAACGCCAUAAAAAGAGGAGGGAGAAGAAAGAUGAGCUCAAACAAAAUGCUCUUUGAUGCUAAUCUCUUUUUAAAACAGUAAUGGAAUAUCAGAUUUUUCAUGACAUCAGAAUUUCUUUGGUAAACUUUUGAAUCCAAAUUGGAUGGGUAGACCUGCAGUUUCCAUUUUAAUUGGUUUACAAGUUCAUGGUAAUGGCACACCCUUUAUUCUGUGAUACAUAUGUAUAUUUUAUUUAUUUAACUUUUUUUUUUUAUUGUAAAUGAUCAUUUUAAAUGUUUAGUUAGAAAUGAUUUUGAUGUCAGGAAGUCCGGUAAAGAAAUCUUAACUGGCACUUAAAAACAUAUCUUUUAAAUUAUAAAAUUAUAAAAUGUGUAUUUAUACUGUACAAGAUAUGAAGUAGACAAAAAUUAUGCCGUAGCACAAGUUCUUGCAUACAUUUGUUUGUGACAGUUUGAGUACUUUCUCAAAAAAGUAAAUAAAAAUAGGGCUAAAAAUGUUGGUUUCAUUUCAUGUGCUGUAUUUGUAUAUAAUGUUGUGUUUGUAUUAAAAGUUCAACCAAAUGACAGGAUGGAAAUAUAGAAAAUAGCUGCUGUUGAUUGAUAGUGAUGUUUAAUUAAUUACAUUUGAUCAAAUAUACCGUUAGUUUCCCCACUGCUGUGAGAAGGUAUGAGAUUCUUUCAAGAAUCUGUUUUUCUUUUUACUGAUUAGAGUUCUGACAGAUUGAAAAAGUUAAAGGGCUUAAAGGCCUAAAAAAUAAUUAUCAAAUCUAAUUAUCUGCUACAAAUAUGUUUGCCUCAUGAAAUAAAAUAAAACAAUCUGUGUGUGUUGUGUUUUCUAGGCACAUAGCAUGAAUUAAAAAUAUUGUUGUGUCUGUGUCUGGUUGCAUUAUCCCUUCUGCUUCCUUCAAAUAGGGUUUAACCCUUUCUCAAAUAAGCAUUUCCACAGAGACCACAUGAAAACCUGUUUGGAAAAUAACUUUUUUUCCAUUUGAAUGAAAGACCUAUGUUUGCUACAUUUCCCACAAUCAUAAUUCGCACGACAUUACAGAUCUAAACUGGAACAGCAAAAGGGAUACUGCACCUAAUUUGUUCAACUUGAUCUCAAUGUUUUAAAAGUAUUUCGACAACAGAAACUGCUGAUUUAUAUUUGUUGUAUAUGAAUAGGGUGGUGCAGUUCCUUUCGUUGUUGCUCAAAAAAAGGGAAAGUGUUGAAUAGUGAUUAGCACACUGUCAUAAUAUGUGUUGAAUAGUGAUUAGCACACUGUCAUAAUAUGUGUUGAAUAGUGAUUAGCACACUGUCAUAAUAUGUGUUGAAUAGUGGUUAGCACACUGUCAUAAUGUAAUGUGUUGCCUGUAUUACAAUGGCAUUUCUUUGUCUUUCUGUGAUGUGAUGUAUUUUGAUGCACCAAUGUUUUUAGUGGAGUUUUAGCUGGUAGAUACAUGAUGCUAGAACUCAUGUCUAAUUCAGCCAUUGCAAUACAAUUGUCUUCCUGUAAUUCUUUCAAAUUUAAUUAAAAAGAAAAAAAGAUGUGAAACUACAA